GACUCGAGUCACAUGACUUGGACUCGAGUCAUGAAUUUGAUGACUUUUGACUCGACUUGACAAAAUGUAAAGAGACUUGCAACUCGACUUGGACUUUAACAUCAGUAACUCGUGACUUCACUUGGACUUGAGCCUUUUGACUUGAAAAGACUUGCUACUUUCCCCAAAACCCAAAGAUUAAAAAGUAUGUUGACGUGGACCGCUCUAUCUCUCUCUGUGUUUGUGUGUAUCUCUCUGUGUGUGUGUGUGUGUGUGUGUGUGUGUGUGUGCUGUCGGCACAACAUCCAAUCAAUUUAGAUCACGUUGUUUUGAUCCGACAGUAUCCAUCCAAUCAAAUUGCAGGACAACCAAUGAAGAAGAACUGUCAAACAACGCGCCAGUUGGCAAAAAUGAUACCAAAGAUAGUUUCGUUCGGGUAUAAAAACUACGAGGUGGUCAACAAAAAACGAACUACAAUAUGCAAAACAUGCGGGUCGAAUAUUACAGAUGGAGACGCAACAACUUCUAACUUCGUUCGACAUUUGAAGUUGCAUAAAGAACGGUGUGUUUGGUGAUGAAGUGAAGUCAGUGUCAGUGAUGGAGGGGGAAUCUCUUACUCUACACACUGAAGAUACUGAAAUAAAGAGACAUGUUGAGAUCAUGUGGAAGUAUGGACCUCGAGAAAUGCUCAUAGCUGAAGUAGACAGACGUGUCCCAAGCUUCUCAACAUAUAAUGGUGAUCAUGAGAGAUUCAAAGACAGACUGAAGCUGGACUAUCAGACCGGAGAUCUCACCAUCAGAGACAUCAGACAGGAUCACUCCGGACUUUAUAAAGUACAGGUCAUCAGUAACAGGGUUUCACACAAAAAAUAUAAUGUUAUAGUCUAUGCUCGUCUGCCUGUUCCUGUCAUCUCCAGAGACUCUUCUCAAUGUUCUUCAUCAGGAUCUUUAAGUUCAAAAUGUGUUGUGCUGUGUUCAGUAAUGAAUGUGACACAUGUGAGUCUCUCCUGGUACAAAGAAAACAGUUUAUUGUCCAGCAUCAGUGUGUCUGAUCUCAACAUCAGACUCUCUCUACCUCUGGAGGUGGAAUAUCAGGACACAAACACAUACAGAUGUGUCAUCAACAAUCCCAUCACAAACCACACACAACAUCUCAACAGCACUCAACUCUGUCAUCCAAGUUCAGCUUGUUUGCCUGUUCCUGUCAUCUCCAGAGACUCUUCACAAUGUUCUUCAGUAUCAAAUUGUUCCUUGUCGUGUUCGGUGUUGAAUGUGACAGAUGUGAGUCUCUCCUGGUACAAAGGAAACCAUUUAUUGUUCAGCACCAGUGUGUCUGAUCUCAACAUCAGACUGUCUUUACCUCUGGAGGUGGAAUAUCAGGAUACAAACCCAUACAGCUGUGUGGUGAACAAUUCAGUCAAAAGUCAGACUCAACAUGUCAGUCCUGAUGUCUGUCGGCCGUGUUCAGACCGUGUCCACUGUUGCGGUUUUACCGAAGCUGUGAUCCGAUUGGUCAUCUCUACUCUGGUGGGCGUGGCUACUGUUGCUGUUCUGGUUUAUGACGUCAGAUCCAGUGGAGAUGGGCAGAAGAGAUCACAAUCACCUCAAUCCAACGCUGUUGAAUCUCAUGCUCUUACAUCAGUACUUGAGACAAAUGCACAAUAAAGUCAAUGAGGAAAUUUGUUCAAUAUUGUUUGGGAGGCACUUCCGUUACAAAAUUUAAUGUGACUUUAUUUUUGUAUGAACAUAAAAAAUAGAAAUAUGUCAGUUAUUCUGUCUUCCUAGCAUGUUAUUCAUUUGUAGUUUAUUUAGAUUCUUAUAUCAAUUGUGAUCAUAUAUCGAUUGUUUUUGCUCUAUUUCA